AUGGACGACAGCGAGUUGCAGGCGAUUCGACAGGCGAGACUGCAGGAGCUGCAGAAGCAGAGAGGACCGCGGCAGGGAGGUGCUCCUGCGGGCGGUGCUGCUGCGGGAGGCGCUGAUGCUGCUCGACAGGCAAAUGAGGAUGAUGCCAGAGCUGCGAUGAUUGCCCAGAUUCUCACCCCGGCAGCAAGAGAGCGCCUGUCGCGCGUGCGCAUUGUUCGUCAGCAGAAAGCCCAGGGUGUCGAGGACCUCCUGAUCCGGAUGGCGCGAACGGGACAGAUCCAGAACCGCGUGGACGAAGACGAGCUGAUUAGUCUGCUCGACCAGAUUUCUCAGCAAGAGAGUAAAGCGAACGAGACAAAGAUUGUCGUGAGUACUCGGCGGUAUAACUACGACGACGACGAUGACCUCGACCUUGAUCUGUAG